CGAGACAUCACCGAUUUUGCAUUCUUGAAGCCAUUAUUCUUCUUGACAAGCCAUCCUGAGAGUUAUUGUGUUGUAUUUCUCCUUGGAUUAUCAGUUUGGUUGGGUGAUUAAUUAAUAAGACUGUCUGAUAAUCAUCCAGCAGUUCAUUAGCUGAAGUUACAAAGUUGCCAAACCCUUGAAUACCGCCGAAAUCUACGGUGCACUUGGUCAGAUACCCAUUCUUCUCCAAAUCCGCGAAUUGCGAAUUCUUGGCCAGAGGUGCCAAGAUAUGGGAUUGAAUUGGAUCUGAUUGUCAUUAUCCCAUUGCGUAUCUACCUACUGAUAUCUACCGGUAUCUACCUAUCUUCAGUAUACCUUGAUUGCUACCGUAUUCAUCUAUCUAUCUAUCCAUCCAUUAUCAUGCCCCGCCAUCAAUCGGACGCAGAUUUUUUGGCGUUGGAAGAAAUCGUCUAUGGGUUUACGAGACGCAUGCAUCGAGGAGACUUUUUCCAUGACAGCUCCAGCAGCGACGACGACGAUUUGAGUAAUGACGGCGACGAUUGUCUGUCUUGCCCCGUUUGCAAACGCCAUCAUCCCUACAUCCCUCCUCCUACAAAUACUGCCAGCACCAAUAGUACUACGGAGGAUGUGUACUCGCACGACGCCCGAGUCGUCUACGCUUCCUUUGCCUGUCCCAUUUGUCUCGAAGACGCCGCUGGACCUCCCAUGGUAGUACUCUCCUGUGGACAUGCCAUUUGUCAAAACGAUUUUCGACUCUUGGGCGGAUCCACCAAGAAUCGAGACGAAGAUCUACGGGUCCGACAAGCCGCAGCACCACCACCACGCACUCACAAUCAUGCCAAUAAUACUAAUGAGAGUGACAAUGAAAUGGAAGUUGCCAUGCGCAUGAUUGCCGCAUCGUUUGGAAUGCUCCAUUCCUCUCAAACCGCAUUGGAGGAAUUUGCCAAUUCUCAUAUUGUCGAGGGCAUGGAAAACAACAAUAGCAACAACUUUCCUUUUGGACGAGCCAAUGCUACCAGUACUACGAGAGGACCAUUUACAAGCAAUCGGUCUGAUGAAGCUAGGGAUAAUGAUGACGAUGAUGCCGACAGUUCCUUUUUUCAAGAUUCCGAUGAUGAUGACGACGACGAACUAUUCUCGGAACGACAAGGAUCGGUGGACUUUGAUUUGGAAGAUGUCGAUGCCAUUUUGUGGCGCCUCUCCCAAUAUCAUCCAGGAUUCAUGGUAGAUACCACUCCAGAUGAUGAUAAUAUCCAAAGUCUACCCAAAACCGGACAGUGGCUACUGGUGCCGGAAAUGGCAGAUGACGAAAAAGUCAAUCUCAUUUACUACUGUGAAGGCGCCGUACCACAUGGACUCAACAAUCUCGAAGUUUCCAAACAGUUUCCUCGAGGGACACGCAUGGUACCCAAUGGAAUGCAUGGAGUCUACGUCCACACACCACCGCCAUCCAACAACCAUCGGAACCUUUGGAAUGUCUACUACGUCAAGAAUUUCAAAUACAACGAACGAAGCAUCUUUAGUAGUUACCAUCAACGAUCCGAACCCAGCUUUCGAUACAGAAUUCCAAGGAAUGCUCAGUUUGUACCUGAUGGAAAAGGAGGCAUUUGGGCUCUCAUCCCCGAACCCUCGCUUCCCGACAAUGUUCGGAAUCGUCCGGCGGAACCAGCAGACCACAGCAGCAGCGAUCCCACAGCAACAAGACGACAAUCCGAUCGUCGUCGACGGUAUCAGCGGGAUAAGCGUGAUUACCGGCUGGUGCAUUAUUCACGAGCUGCAUUGAAUGGACAAGUCAUGGGAAACAGUACUGCCAUGCCAGCUUACUGCAGGAUCUUUAUGGAUGCACAAUCGGGGGGUGUCUAUCUGUUGCAGCCCAAUGUUACUAAUACUAAUGAGGAUGACGACGACGAGGAACAACUGCAAUCGACCUUUUCCAGUCUUUGGCAUGUGUCUGUGGAAGACCCUUCCAACCCCGUCUUGAUGUAUGGAGGGAUCCCCAGGGGCGCCAAAGUGAUGGGUGAUGCCAUGGGACACUCUGUGUUUCUUUUAUCUCCGGGGGGACGAUUGCAAUCCAUCUUGACAAGGGUCCAGGUGGAACAGCAGCAGCAGCAACCAUCCACGACGACGACAGAUGCACGCACGACGACAACUUGCUUCUCCUACGAUUUGGAUAUUCCGGUGGACGGAAUCAAAGAUAUUGUUGAGGGAAACGCUAUGGAUCAAGUGUUUGUGCAUUGUCGCCAACCACAUCCGAACAAUACCGGCGCGAACGUGUGGAAACUUUGUCGUCUGGACCCUCCAGAAGAAACAGCCACCAGGGAUGCUCAAGUAGUGGCGUUGGACACGGACUGUCCUCGCAACAGUCGGAUUUUGAGCGAUGGAGAAGGGGGAGUCUGGAUAUGGAGAAAGCCAGUUGCGGAUUCGUUGAGUCAAAAUGGAGAUCGAUCGUUUGUGCAUGCAGCCAAUUGGUCGAAUCCGAACAACACCAGCGGGCGACUGAAUUGGUGCUCUCCCUGUGUCUUUCCACCUGGGACACGACUAGCGCAUUGUUCGUACUGAAAGCAAGCAAGGCAUUUGUCGUACAGGCAGCAGGAGCCGCAACACAAAAGAGGGGGAAAAGAGCGAGCAAACAAAAGGGGCGCACCCAUACGGGUGACAGAGAAGCAAUAAGGGACUAUACAAUGUUGUCUCUCUACAUAAGGUUAAGUUAAGUAGUAUUCUUUUACUUUUUG